ACUCCAUUCCUGGACGUACCUAAAUCCUAGGACCGGGUGGAACCGGACCUUCGAUUGUUCCAAUGGAUUGUCCGAAUGUCCAUUCCUAAACAAAACGGUCGGGCCGUAACCUAGAGUAUUAGGAUGUGUCUUUUUAUCUGAAAGCUUUUAAUGCGAAAUACCGUUGCAGUCUCCUGUUUCAAAAUGGAUGAUGUGGUGUCAAUACCGAACGUUGAAAAUAUCUGCAGACUCUGUUUGUCGCCGGACGAUCCAAAGUCCUCAAUUUUUGAUGGAGAUGAUUCGUCGGUGCCGCUUUCCUGCAAGAUUCAAGCCUGCUUAGCUAUUCAGAUCUCAUCUACCGAUAAAUUAUCGACGCUUAUAUGCCGACGAUGCAUAACAAAUGUAAACCAAUGGCAUAGUUACAGAGAAUCUUGCCUUAAAGCUCAAGACAAACUCCAACAGUGGCAGAUGCAGCAGAUGCCCAUUCAUACGGGACUAACCAUAAAACAAGAGCCAAUUGAUCUAGAUUUUGAAACAGAUCAGAUAGAAACCAUAACAGAUCCACUUGAUAUGACUCAUGAUGAGCAAAAUGAAAACGAUGGUGUAUGGGCUCUGCAUAUUACCAACGAGCAAUCAGUCCAAUCUGAGAAGGAAAUGGAAAAACAGACAAAAAGUGAAGUCGCUUGCAGAAGAAGAACCAGGAGCUUUGGUAUGCCAAUAUCUCCGCCAACUAUGCCGCAGGAAUCUGAAAGAAACACAACAGUCUCAAAACCCUACUGUACAAUAGAAGUUAAAGAUGAACCAUUACAAGAAGAUGAAUAUGAUUCUAAUAUAGAAAUUGAAUCUGUAACGGGUGGUGAAAUUUUGCCCAACCCUGUGGCUGCGAUAUGUCCUACCGAAGAUAGAGUUAUGGAAGCUGAUUCUACGCAGAGGUCAAACUCUGUGACUUUCAAAACUAAGAAAAAAGUGAAAAGAGGACCUCAUACGCAUUUGCGGAACAAACACCAGUUCAGAAAAAAAUGUGUUUUCUGUCAAAUAAAUCUUCACUCCAAAUAUUCUUACGGAAAACACAUGGAGAGGUUUCAUACUCCUCUCCCUGAGUCCGAACAAAUCGAUAACAAGGCAAACUUGAAGUUGGCCAUCAAACAGAAGGCUCAAAGUACAAAGUCUCAAUCGGCAGCAUUUCAAGAUGAACACAGAUUUUUCACGAAUAAUCUCCAAGAGGAGAAUAGUGCCGAUGAAUUGACGAGCUGCAACAAAGAUGGCGAUGAAGAAAUGAUCGAGGAUGUAGAAGAUGAAAUCAAUAAAAUGGACAGGAAUUCAGAGACCCCCCUGUCCCAAGUCCAGCAAAAUAUCAUCGGUCAACUGAAAACAUACUCUUGUUAUUCUUGCAAACAAGUUUUUCCUGAUCGAAGAACUACCUUAAAUCAUCUCAGACAGCAUUUACCAGACCUACGCCCAUUCACCUGUGUGGCUUGUCUUACACAAUUCUCAGAUCGUUUGAUUUACAAAAAUCACUGUUAUACUUCUUUUGAGUGCGCCAUGAAGAUAGCUAUAGUUGAGCCAAAGUCUGGUUUAGAGAAAUAUUUCACUUGUAAUAUGUGCUCCAAGUCUGUGGCUAAUAGACAAGAAUUGUUGAACCAUCUCACCUCGCAACAUUCUGACGACCAACUCGCCAAUGAAACACCAUCAUCCUCUAACCAAACUCCGGCAAAGAUGUUGAGAAAAGACCCUACGUCGACACCUGCUCCUCUGAAUUGGUCACACUUACAUUUACCUGGUCCUUAUGUAAAUGGGAAUCCCGCAUUUAAUCUUCCGUGUAGUUUAUGCGGAAUGAUUUAUAAACAUAAACGAAAUUUGUUGGAUCAUCAAACAAUUUGUAGCCAACGUCCUGCAAGUGAACGAACCAGUUAUGCUUGUGUACAUUGCAGGAUGACUUUUCUUCUAUUCAGAAAGUAUACCAGCCAUUUGUAUAGCGUACACAGUACAAGUGAAAUUACCUGUUCACUUUGUCGUAAAAAAUUCAAUACGCCAACUGAUUUUUUGGUUCAUCAUAAAAAAAAUCAUCCGCUUGAAGGCGGACAAGUUGACGGGGAAAGAGCUUCGGUUAACCAGGAAAAUUCCCUGAAAGAGUGGAACGAUUAUGAGGAGGAGUUACAUACGAAUGAGUCGAGAAGUAGCAGGCAAAAGUACAGCUGUGCAUUAUGUGGUCAAGAGUUUCCAACUAGAACAGAACUAGGGGAGCACAGGAAUCUGCAUUUAAAAGUUAAAAUAUAUUCGUGUGUCAUUUGUCGUAGUAUGUUCAGUAGCGCUGGGGCUCUAGAAGUUCACAUGAAAGACCAUGGUAUUGAGGAUCCCGCCGAACAAAGUGCUCAUACUUCUUAUGUGGAAUACGAAGGGGCGGAAGACACCAAAGAUAUCGCUCUAUUGGACAAUUCACGCGACUCGAAUUCUGAGUCCGGUGAAACAUGUAACAUUUGUAACAAGAGUUUCACAAGUUCUGCCAACCGGAAGAGACACAUUGCAAACGUUCACAAGAACAGUAAAAACCGUCGAAAAUGCACCGAAUGCAGAAGAGUAUUUACAAAGAAGAAUGCGUUCGAAUAUCACGUCAGAACUGAACACAAGCAUCCAUCCACCUCCUCGAUAACUUGCCCGAUGUGUCCUCAAACAUUCACGACUAGAAGAAAUUUGAAUUUGCAUUACGAAACUACUCACAUAAAUCAAGUCGAUGCGUUGCAUGAAUGCGACAUAUGCGGAAAACAGUUCAAGGAAGAUUUGUCUCUGAAAAUUCACAGGGGGUGGCACACGCGAAAGACUCAUAGAUUGAUCAGUGAUGUCAAAGGUCUGAACAAGUCCCUACCCAUACUACAGUCACAGGAUAUUUUUAACGACUCUACAGUAUCCGUACCGAAACCUGCAAGAGCUAGAAAAUCGUUUCCAAACUCGCCACCGUCGAAACCAAAACCUCAGUUACAGUGUCAAGUUUGCGACGACAAGUUCAUUGACGUUGGUGAUUUGAGAAAACACCUUUGGGAUGUUCAUUGCUCUCGCAAUAAAAACGAAAAAAAUUAUACAACAAGCGAUCUGCAGUGCGAAUUGUGUACUCAUACGUUACCCGAUAAACCCAGUUUGGAGAGACACUUGGAAUGGCAUGUGGAAAAUCCUAUAUUGAGCGACUCUAAGAACGGUGUUAAGAGAAAGAGAUAUUACACGCCGAGAGACCUAAGAACCUACCCCUGCGAAAUAUGCGGUAACUUUUAUACGUCUCGAAGAAGUUUAUUGAGGCAUCAAAAGCUACACAAAGUUAGUACCACUGCUGCUACACGGUUUCAAGCCACGGUAAAAAAACCGCUGGCUAAUCAGUUCCCAUGCAAUGUUUGCAACAAGAUAUUCGACACUUCGAUCAAACUUCGCAAGCAUAGACUCUACCACCUUGUAAAUUCCGCAGAAAACAAGCGUGAUUCGAUUGUUGAAAAACCGGAAUUCCAGUGCAACCUCUGCUCCAAAUAUCAUACUUCCAAAAUAGAUCUGCAGCUUCAUUCGGCAAAGAAUUGCCCCUAUCGGUCCCAAGAAACAUCAGGUCCUCGUAUCAAACGUCGCAAAAUCAUAUCGACUGUAGAAAGCAAUGCCCCUGUUCAUUUUGAGCAGCCAAAACCUGUACCUGUAUCUUCAAAAUCAAAUUUCAACCUCUCCGUUGGCUGGCGUAUGAAAAAGAUGUGGAAUUGCAGCCUUUGUCUAAAAUCAUUUCUUGGAAGGAGCACUUUGUACAAGCAUCAAAUGUCUGUUCACGGAAAAGAUGCAUUUCGUCGGGCAGCAUUGCUUGCAAAAAAGAAGUCAGUUUCUAAACCCCUUCCGUCGUUGGAGUCUAGCCGUUUUCCAUGCACUGUAUGCACCAAGGAUUUUCCUACCGCUUUGAGCCUGAAGCUUCAUAUGUCAUCACUUCACAAAGAUUCAAAACCAAAAAGCUGCAACAUUUGUGGUAAAACUUUCAGCAGCAACGUGGGCAUAAGAAAUCAUAUGCAGACACACUCUACCAGUACUUACAGUUGCAACCUAUGCCAACGAUUAUUCCGUACGCGUCAAGCUGUUUACAUGCACGUUAGGCGUCAGCAUCCAGAUGAAUAUCUAAUAAUGGAAGACGAAAAAAGUCAGUUAUGUUCCGAAAUAAUUUCCAAACCUGAAAUUCCCAUUCCUAAAACUAACGUGCAGACAUGUUUUCGUUGUGAGUAUUGUGAUAAGAGCUUUGACACUAACAAGGGGUUGAGAGUUCAUGUUAAGAAAAGUCAUUCCAUGCAUAACUAGUCUUAACAUUCAGAAAUCUAUAAUUCUCUUUUGUUCCACUAGCAUGGAACAUUAUGAGCACUUUUGAUUUAUUUCUACAUCUUCGAUAAAAAGAUCUCUAUUUCCAAUCCUUUGUGCUUCUCCACACAUCUCUUCUUUUUUCUUACAAUUAGUUCUUAUUACGUUCAGUAAGUUCACUAUCCACCAAUUCACUUUCUUGAUGAAAAAUUGGAUUGUUGUACAGACUCCCACAGUUAUUAUUAGCAUCGUCAUUAUCAUCACCAUCAUCAUCAUCGUUGAUAUUAUUUUUAUUAUUACUAUUAUCAUCAUUAUUAAUCCAAUUAGUUAAUGACAUUUUAUCUAAGCAGUUGUCUAUGUAACAUCGAUGCAAUCAUGUGACGUCUAUAGUAUAUUAUUUAAAAAAGAGAUUCAACAUAAAUUUUUCUAUAUGUGACAAGAUAUUUACCCUAUUUCUUAGUUUUAUUUGUUAGCUCUGGUAUCUACGUUACAAUUUUACAUUAGUUCCAAUGUUUACGAUGAACUGAUUUAUUGUUAUCUGAUUAUAUCAAGCUAUUAGUUUCAUCCACCGUGUAUUGUUUAGAUAUGAAAAAAAAAAUUCAAGAUUCAUAAGCAAGGUCACUGGUAUUUGAAUAUCAUUGGCAUACAUACAAUGAAUUGCAAAAUACUGGCUUAAUAUACGAAAAAUAUCCUUUGCCGUGAUAUUUGGGUUUAAUGAGAGCGGAUUUCAACAGCCGGAUGAAAAGUAACGCCGCGAUUGUUUUUUCAAAGAAAAUAAUCAUCUUUUCAAUUAAUUUUUUUAUGCGGAUGUGAGUGAAAUUGCGAAUGACGAUGAUAUUUUUGUUUUCCUAAUUUUUAAUUUUCAUUAUCAUUAUUAUUCUACACAUAUAAAAUUAGUUGUAUAAUGUAUGUAAAUACAUACGUAGACGGUAUACUUUGUUAAGAUGUCUAAUAUAAAUAAAUUUAAGUCGCCGUAUUUUCUUAACGAUUGUACAAAAAUUGAAUACGGUAAUUAUCGAUGUAAGUAAUCGCAGGCAAACGCGAUGAGAGCCAGAAUAACUAUUGAUAGAACGAUAUAGGAAAAAACGAAAAACUGACAAAAAAAUAAAUAAAUCUAAUAAAGUAUACAAAAAUAAAACAUUUUAUUUACAAUUGGUCCUAUAAAAAUAAAAAUAAGCCUGGUCCCAAAUAUAUACAAAAAUUAAUACCACGUUUUUUUAAUUCAAUUAUACUUACGGUAUUAAUUUUGACAACGGGAAUAUAUCUAGAUAUAUCACCAAAAGUAUAGUCUUAUCUGAGCUUUCAGCACAGAUUUUAUUUCAUAAAGGGCGUACAGUUUUUCCCCUCCCUUCUUGCAUACCCGUAAACGUGGAUGGAGAGUCCAUUAUAAUAAUAAAGUAUAAUGUAUUGUAUACAUAAAUGUAAAAUAUUAAAAAUAUUAAUGCCACCAACAACAACAACAAAAACAAUAAUAAUAAUAAUAACGAUAACGAUAAUGAUAAUGAUACUAAUAAUGAAAGAUGACCUAUACGAUACUCCUGUAACUGGAUUGUAUUUGAUAAUCUUCAUUAAUUCUACCCCAUCAAAUAAUUUUGUCAGUUGGAUUAUAUCAAUCCAUCAUUUAGCCGGCCAAACGUUACUUUAAAUUCGAGAGGUGGGUGCAAUAUCACGUGUGUCAAUAUGUUACUUGUCAUGAGACAUUAAAGAAGUAUAUACCCAGGUGUUGCAAUGUCAAAUUUUAAUAAGCACAAAAAAAUGUUUGUACGCAUAGUAAUGUAUAUGAAUUAAAAAAGACGCGUUAAUUUUGUUAAAUUCUCCACAGGUUUUAUAACAAAAAAUUUGAAAAAGGAAUAACUGUGUAGGUGUAGUCAUUUUAAAUUUUAUAAAUUUAAAAUAAAUGCGAGUAUAAUGAUGUCAUUCCACAGGUAAAAUUGUCUUGAACUGUUGGAGACAUUAUCGAUUUUGUUACCAUCGCAACAAUGUUUAGAAACAAAUGUGUUUAAAUUUGUAUAAAAGAUUCGCUAAACGGAAGUACGUACGUAGCGGUGCCAAAUAUCUCUUUGAGUAGAAAUGAAUUAACUCAUCGUCAGUUAAAUACAAUAUUUUAUCAAAAAUUCUGACGCUAUGUAUUCUCAAGACGCAAACGUUCGUGAUAUUCUCGAAGAUUAUAUAAAAGAGGAAAGGGAAUUGGAGAAUAAAAUCAAACAAUCGUAAUGUUUUGUAAAUAAUAUUAUACCUAGAUAACUGUAUGGUGCUUUUUGUUCAUCACCCGAUAAGAAAUUCGAUUAAGCCUUUAAAUAAAUAAUUUUACGUGUCCUAUUAUGCAGCGCGAAUAGCCGGUUGGAAAUCAAGCGAGAUGAAGAGAAGAAAAACAUUUCCGGGUGUUCGAAACCCGAAAUUGUUUCAGCAAGGGAAUCGGAACUCCGCAACCAAAUAUUUUUGAAGGUAAAUUAUCAUUCUGAGUUUAUUACGUGAGCAUGUAUUUUACCAUGAUAUUAUAACGCCAUAGGACCUGGAACGUGCUAAAGCCAGACUUCGCACAAUUGCUUCGUUCACACCAACUGAUCAGGAGCUUCGUGUCCUCGCUGGGGCUUAUCGCGGCCUACUUGAAAAUGUGGCACAAAGUCAUCAAUCAUAGCUUCAAGUUUCUGUGAAAAAAAGAAAGAAAAGAACGAAAAAAUUGCACGAAAUACACUUUUAACGAACAUUUUUGAUUACUGCAUCAUAUGACGAGGGAAUUUGAAUCGUCCAAAGCUUCACGAAACUGAAAAUAUAAUCCUUGGUGCAGGCGGAUGAGAAAAUAAAAACUAUUUUUUUUUUUCAUAUACUUCGAGAUCUCCGUAGUUUUGUUCUCCGGAUAUUAGACCCCGUUGAUAAUCAUUUCCUCACGUUGUAAAAAAUAUCAUUUUAAUGUUGGCCUAAUAACUCGAGCCGAACGAACAAACUUUCAAAUUUAAGUUUGUUGAUCGUUGGGAUCGAUGCAUUAGAUCAACGAGAUUAAGUUGUAACGGUAGCAAACCUUUUUCGUAAAAAAUCAACCCCUAGCAAAAGCACGCCAAUAAGUAGCACCACGUAUACUCGGUUGCGAACCACAAGGCGCCAAGGUUGACCGGACAAGAUUUAUUUCUACUGCAAAAAACGGAAACAAAAUCGUUAAACGUAUUUUCAACCCCAUUACUUGUCAUGACUACGUCAAGAAAACUACUUGAAAACUUGAACGAACGUAACUCCAGUUUUCGCAGACAAUCCGUACAUGAUUGUGCAUUUUGAAUUAUAACUAAAGCCAGCCGACAGUUAUCCGCAUAAUAUUAUUUUUAAGUCAGUAAUUGUUACAAAACAAUUCCUUGCCUCGAAUAAAUUACGUAACAAUA